AUGCCGCUGACCCAGGUACCCUCCUUCGGGACCGAGGUGAAAGCAACCACGACGACAAACAAGUACCAUGAGGUAAAGACAGAGGUCGACGGCCUCCACGAUGACGGCGACGCCCUUCUUGUCAGCUUCUCUCAUUUUAUCGCGCGCAUCGCCGAUACCACAAAGCCCUCCUUCUGCGCGCAGCUGCCGACUGGCGGGUGCAUCAUCGAGGCCGAGACACCACCAGCAAACACCGAGGCAGAACACGGCUCACUCAAUGUCAAGAAGCACAAAGUAGAGUGCUUGCCCGGCGACCACUUUUGCAUCUCCUUUUCCGAAGCUGAAACGACCACUCUUCCACCGGCCAGCGGCGCACUACAGCUCUUCGUCGCUGACGAAGACACGACCACAAGCUUGACCCUGCGACUCCGCGCCAGUCACGGGCCUCUGGACGCGGCCACCCAUCUUCUCAAGCUCGCAUCCGCUCUUUUGAGCUCCCAUGAUAUUCCCACAACCCUUCUCAGCCGCUUCAACGUCGGCAUCGGCCUGGAGACGGCCGUCGAAACAGGCCCCGCGCAGUCCCCGAAUCUUCUCACCAGCGGCCUCGCCGACAAUCCCGCGCUUGUACACACCGCUUUUGAGAACCAAGUGGCCACCCGGCCGGACAAUGUGCUUAUUGACCACCUGUACCGCGACGAGGACUCGUUGCUCGAGGGCGUGCAGAGCCUCACCUACCUGGACGUGCACGCGCGAGCCACGGCCCUUGCCGAGCAGCUCGUCGAGAUCGAGCGUUACGCCGACUGGCAGCCCAUGAUCGGCCAGCAGCGCGCCGUGCCGAUCCUGCUGCCGACCUGCCCCGAGCUCAUCAUUGCCAUUCUCGGCGUGUUGAAAGCCGGGUACGCCGUUUGUCCCCUAGCCGUUGACCGCCCGGCCGAGAGUCUGCGCGAGGUUCUCGCCGACCUCCACGCCGUGCCCGUCAUCGGCCUCGGGCCCGACCCUCUCCCGCAUGCGCUCGGCAGUAGCUCCUCCCGCCAUGCAUCUCAAAGCCGUUUUCUCUGGAUCGAUCUGGACAAUGUCGGCGGCUGGCGGAGCGGCCGCAUCGCCACCGCGCCCGUGCCGCGGCCGCUGUCCGCCCCGGUGCCCAGUGACAUUGCCUACGUCAUAUUCACGAGCGGCUCAACGGGAAAACCCAAAGGCGUACUUGUCCCGCACCGCGCCAUGGUCGCCUCCAUUGCCAACUUUGCCCGCCGCGCCGCGCAUCUGCCUACCGGCCCGCGCUUGCGCUGGUUCGUCAUGAACCUGCCGAGCUUCGACGCCUACCAGCUCGACGUGCUACACGUCAUCCUCCGCGGCGGCACGCUGUGCAUGGCAGAGCGGAGCCUGGUGCUGACCGACGUGGAGGGCACCAUCGACCGGCUGCGAGCCACGGCCACGACCACCGUGUCUAGCCUCGCAGUCAUCCUGCGCCCAGAGAAGGUGCCUACGCUGCAGACUAUUGUCGCCGGCGGCGAGAUGCUUUCUCAAAAGGUUGUGGCCAACUUUAGCCAAUCAGCGCCCGUCAGCGGCAAGAAGCGCGGGCUGCCCACUCGCCAUCUCAUCAACGGCUACGGCCCGACCGAGACCGCCAUUGUCGUGGCCACCGAGGACAUGGCCGUGACGACCCGCGGGAGCAUAAUUGGCGACGCGCUCCCGAGCGCCAUUAUCCUAAUCAUCGAUCCGCAGUCCGAGUCGGUCAGCGAACUUCCCGCCGGCGUCCCCGGCGAGCUCGCCAUCGGCGGUCCGCAGGUCACCAGCGGCUACCUCAACCGGCCCACGGAAACGGCGCAGGCGUUUGUCACGCACGCCACCCUAGGCCGGCUAUACCGCACCGGCGACAAGGCGCGUGUCGUAUGGACGGCCGACGGACAGCGCAAGAUUGAGAUUCUCGGCCGCCUGACGCUGGACCAGGUCAAGAUUAAUGGCCGCCGCAUGGAGCUAGGCGAGGUCGAGGCGGCCUUGCUGCACGUGGCUCACGUGCGCGAGGCGGCCGUCGUCGUCGUGCGAGGGUCCAUGCUGGCUGCGUUUCUGGUGCUGCGAAGCGAUGCGCGUGCGACAGAGGACGAGGUCAAGGCCGCGUGCCAGCGCCGCGCCAGUGAGCACCUCGCGCCGUGGAUGUGUCCGUCAAGCUACUACGUCGCGGCCACCUUGCCGCGGACACCGAAUGACAAGAUUGACCGGAGAGAGCUUACACGUCUCCUAGAAGAGCGUGUCACGGUGGAAAAAAAAGAGCCAGAGGCAGCCCGUCGUAUUGUGCCUAAUGAUCCCGUCCACACAGUCAACGGACUGAACGGCACACAGUCGCAUGACAGCACAGGGGCCAUUGAUUUCGACCAUCCCGCGCAUACUAGACUACCUCCCAAGGCACUCUUGAAGCCAGCCUUUGUUGCUUCCAACGCACCUUUCAAGUCAGCCUUUGUUGAGCCAACCGCAGCUUCCAAUGCCUUCCCCGAAAAACAGGGCACGAGUACAGAAGAUGCUGCGACCGAGCUGGUGUACAACGGGCUUGCUGAGGCUAUCGGAGACGGCGUGCGUAGCCACGGUCGAGAGACACUCACGUCCAAUAUUGGCUUGGACAGCAUACGCGCCAUGACGCUUCUCCGCACGCUGAGGGCGGACGGGGUUGCUGGUCUCACAAUCAUGGAUGCUCUGUCUGCUUCGAGCAUUCAAGAUAUCAUCAAUAAGGUCCAAGGUAUCAUUCUUGCCAAUGCCCGGGUCCUAGAACGGCAUGCAGGUGUCAACGGAAGGGCAGGUACUCUCACUCCCGAUUCAGAUCAAAGCGCGCGAGAUGCAGCAUGCCAAGCGAGCUCACAAAAUAGCAUGGAUGGCAAAUCUGCGUCUGGUCAAAAGGCUUUCCAGAUCAUGUCCCCUGAUGUUCUGGCGCAGGACGAGACGGCUCCUGUCUUGUCCCCCGAUCACCUGAAAGCAAUCCCCAUCGAUGAUGAAGACGCCAUUUACGAGCUGAAUGCUCAAGAUAAAAUUCGGCACUACGACUACCAUUGUCGCGCCACCUGUGUCAAAGCUCUUCAACUACAAGACGCUGACAUUGAACAAGUCCUCCCCGCAACCGGCAUCCAGAUGCGCCUGCUCUACCUCGCGACCGACCCCUCCUUCAACGAUCCGCAGCGCUUCCAGGGCAAGCCGCAGAUUGACCACGUCCUCUACCAGGUCCCGCCCGACAUCGACGUCAGCCGCCUGCAGCGUGCCAUCGAGACCAUUGUCAGCCGCCACUCCAUCUUCCGCACCCUCUUCGUCCCGACCAAGCACCCGCUGGCCGAGUUUGCCCAAGUAAUCCUGUCUCACGACGCCCCGCGCGCAGCUCUCCAGACGCGCAGCCUCUACGUCGAAGGCGACGCCGAGCACGUGGCCACGAGCCCCGCGUGGCAGGAAAAGCUCGCGCUGGUGCAAGAAGACGCGGAGAAGUCGCUAUCGCUCGACUCGCCAUCCAUUCGCGUCGCCUAUGUGCAGUCUCUCGACGAGCGGCAGUGCGUCGUGGUCUUCUCGCUCUUCCACGCCAUCUACGACGGUGUUGCCUUCCGCCUCUUCCGCGCCGCCGUGGCCGCCGAGUACGAGGGCGUGAACCUCCCCGCACCGCUGCUGCCGUUCCGCUCCGCCGUCACGGAGCACCUGGCGGCGGACUGGCUGGAUACGAUCCUGUUCCUCAUGUCGCGGUACGCCAACGUGCCCGUCUUCCGCACCGGACGACUACGCCCGCGCGCAUCGCUAACGCGCGAGUAUGACGAGCUGCACUACAAGCUGUAUCCGUCCACAUCACACAUGCGCCGGUUCUCCAUUCAGUCUCGCGUCACGCUUAACGAGCUCAUGGGCCACAAGCAUACCGGGCUGCCCAUGUCGGGCCAGGCGGUGGUGCAGGCGGCGUGGACCAAGAUGCUCAGCCAGACGCUGCGCGCGGGCAGCCCGCACGCCGAGAGCCACGGCGGCGCGCCCACAUACGUCGAGUUCACCACGGCCGUUCACGGGCGCUAUUCGGAGGGCGCCCGGCGGACCAUGGGCCCGCUGCUCUCCGGGCUCCCGACCAUGGUGCCCAUCUCGGAGAUCCGGGCCGACGGUAAGACUAAUAGGGACGUCUGCAACCUGCUCUCGCAGCAGCACAAGACGCUUCUGCGGCACAUCUCCAUGCCGUGCCCCAACAUGGAGAUGGCGCAGGUGGGAAUGGAUAGGGCCGACACGGGCCUGGUGCUGCAGAUUCACGAUCUGGAGCGCGAGGACGCAACUGCCCAACUCCCCGACCUGCCGCUAUUUCACCACGACGCCAAUCUCUUGCCACCAUACAAACCACUCGAUACCGGUUUCGUCAUCAUGGUCGAGGUCUGGCCGGGCGUCGGCGGGCGUGAUGACAACCUGACGCUCCUCUGCAGUUACAACAGCCAGCGCCCGGGCUACGAGUUCCUGUCGCGCUCGUGGGUACUCAGCGCGCUCGCCAGCUUUGACGAGGCAAUUUUGGAGAUUCUUUCGAAUCCUGAAGCUCCAUUUUGCGCAGGCCCGAUUCUUGUCAAUGGGCAUGAUUAA